UGCUGAUGAGCCGCACAACAACAACUUAGAAUCGCGUCAGUCGUCACAAGUUCUCCGCGCCUGCAGCGCCAAGGCACUCAGGUGCUACGCGACGACAGUGCUGAGUCAGUAGCGUUAGACAGCUGCCAGCAGGUGUGCCCAGUUAAGCACUUCGAUCGCGCUGUAUCUCGGCAUUCAAGUAAAAAUAAUAAUCAUUAAAUAUUUGUACUCUUUAUUUUGUUCAAGUCGUGUAGUGUUUUUAAAAAUGCAGUUUGUGCGCGUAAUCGGCAUUAUUUGUUGUUUGUUUUUGAUUUGCACACCGCUCAGCGUUGAUGCCAUCAAUCGCAGAGUAAAACUUUGCUUGCAACCGCCUCAAAGCGGCCGCUGCUUCGGCUAUGUGUCUAGCUUUGCCUACAACCCGGUCGCGCGCAGAUGUGAGGAGUUCAUCUAUGGUGGGUGUGGCGGCAAUGAUAAUCGCUUCGAUUCGAAAAAGGAAUGUGAACUUACUUGUCGUGAUGUUUAAGCGGCGAUUUGGCGCGCUGAUUUUUGCUGGUGAAAUUUGGAAAUGUGAUUUUUAAUACUCCUACUUUAGGCCCUUUUUACUCUUUAUAAGAAAGCGUAAAGAAAUAAUUUAUUAAA